GCUCCAGCGACCGCCGCCGCCGCCUGGCUGGCAGUGAGGGCAGGGUGCGCCGCAGAGGUCUCCGCGCCAUCGAUGGCUGCUGUUCCGGCUGCAGCGUCGGCGGGUGGGCUGCGGACCGCUUCGCCCCAGGUCACCGGCUCCCCCUCUCCCGUGCGCGGGGCUGCAGAGGGAGCUGCAAGCACCUCUCGCCUGGAGAGUGCGAUGCCGUUUGCGUACCCGAUCGUUGUCGGCGGCCUCGAGACGCUCGUGCAGAUGUGCAUGAAGGGCGGCUCGUCGAUGCUCGCACUGACCGCGGUCGGGGACUCUCAGCUCUGCUUCGCCUUUUUCUGGGUCGUGCUGCUUGCGUGGGCGCUCCUCUCGCUCGCCGCCAUCUACUGGCUCCGCAAGGGUUUGGUCCACUUGCCCGCCUCGCGCUUGCUGCCCAUCGAGUACGGCACCGUCACCACCACCUCCGUCCUCGGCGGACUCGUCGUCUAUCAGGAGCACAAGUACGUGCCCGUGUCGCCGAACCUCUCCGUGAUGGGCUUCGGCAUCGGCCUCAUCUGCGUCGGCUGCGCGCUGGUGGGCCGGCGCAAGACGCUCAAGCGCAAGUAUAUGCCGCACCAGCUCGGUCGGCAGGCGGUGCGGCAGGGCGCGCAGGCAUGCGACAAGGCGGCGCACGAGGUCCGGCGCGCAGUCUCGUCCCUCGAGCAGCACACGCCUCGCCUGAUCAAGCGCGACGCGCGGCCGUACCACCACAGAGCCCACCGCCACCACGAGGUCUUCCCUUCGGUCGACGAGGCGGGAGAGGAGGCGUCGCGCAGCGCUGAGCUCGCCGCCGCAGCCGCCGCCGCGUUGGCCGCUGCGCCGAGCGGAGCCCCCGCGCGGAGAGCCGUGCUGAGGGAGGUGGCGCCGCCGCUCGCGCCACUGGACAGCGUCGUUGUCGGGUCGGGCGAGAGGGGAGGAGGCAAGACGGUGAAGCUGCUUCCGGACGCGCCCCUGUGAUCCAGGAGGGGUGUCGGGCCGACUCAGUCUCUCCACGGCGAACCGACGUGGUGCCCUUUCGUCUCAGCUGUUUUCUUAUCUCGCGUGCGUGCACUGUGUAUUGUGUCUUGUUCUUAGAUUACUCUUAUCUCAC